UAAUGAUUAACGUGAUGCUAGUAAAUGUGUCUUGUUAACUGUUACCAUACUUCACUUCACCUUCGGAACAUUUAGCUUCUUGCCGACUCUGAAAGCACAGCAGCAAAAUGAAAUUUGACAGCAUACUUUCGGAAAUUAAUGGAUUUGGAAAAUUCCAAAUCAAGCUGGUCUUGAUUCAGCUCAUCUCUCGAAUUACUCUGCCAGGUCACUUCCUGCUGAAUAACUUCAUGGCAGCUGUUCCCUCUCACCACUGCAACGUCAGCACUCUGGAUGAUGGAGACAUCUUCGGGAAUUUAACUCGGGAACAGAAACUGGCUGUUGGUGUUCCAGUGGAGCAGGAUGGGACUCCUAGCUCCUGUCAGAUGUUUUCAACGCCCCAAUAUCAACAUCUGUCAGGCUCGAACAGUAGUGAGAAUGCAUCUACUGUUCAGUGUCAGAACGGCUGGGUGUAUGACAACAGCACGUUUAAAUCUACUUUAGUAACAGAAUGGGACCUCGUGUGCAGCAGAAAAGGGAUGGACAAGGCAACAGCCACCGCUUUCUUCAUUGGUGUUAUGUGUGGAGCACCUUUGUUUGGGUUUCUCAGUGACAGGUAUGGCCGACGGCCGCUGCUGUUGGUGUCUUAUAUGUCGUCCUUGAUGUUUGCUGUCCUGAGUGCAUUCUCCUCAUCGUAUGUGAUGUUUGUCAUCAUGAGGUUUUUUACGGGGAUGUCACUCGCGGGAAUAAGUAUCAUCUCUAUUGUUCUAAAUGUUGAAUGGUUCAGCAUUGAACACAGGACCUUUGCCGGUAUAAUCAUAAGCAUGGAUUGGACAAUUGGAAACUGGAUUCUGACUGGAAUGUCAUACUAUGUAAAUCAGUGGAGGUUGCUCAUUGUGGUAGUGUCCUCACCCUUGAUACUGUCCAUCAUGGCUUGGAGGUGGCUUCCAGAGUCUGCGAGGUGGCUCCUGGCAAACGGGAAGGCAGACGCUGCUCAUCAUUACAUAACGCAAUGUGCCAAGAUGAACAACAGAACCAAGUGUUUGGCCAGCAUCACACCAACGGACUUACUGGAAUCUGAACAAGGUGAAAACAGAGAUAAGAGGUACACCGUUGUGGAUCUUUUCAAGACCCCAAAUAUUAGGAAUCUUUCUAUAUGCACAGGAAUAGUAUGGUAUGGAGUUGCAUUUACAUAUUAUGGGAUAAGUCUGAAUAUCACUGGAUUUGGACUAAACCUAUACCUCACACAAUUCAUUUUUGCAUUCAUCGAAAUGCCAAUGAAGAUUGGUGUGUAUUUCUUCCUGGAGAAAGUUGGUAGAAGGCCUGGUGAGGCGGGAGCCCUGCUGUUAACUGGUCUCUGUCUCUUCACCAACAUGUUUGUUGCAAAAGAUAAGUGGGCCAUUCGUACUGUUAUGGCCGUCCUUGGAAAAUCCAUGUCAGAAGCCUCUUUCACGAUCAUGUUCCUCUACACAACUGAACUCUAUCCUACAGUCGUACGACAGAAUGGUUUAGGCUACACGUCUUUUGUGGCGCGGCUGGGCGUGUCCAUAUCUCCACUCAUCAUGCUAUUGGAGGACGUGUGGCACCUCCUCCCUGCAGUUAUUUAUUGUGCGGUGGCAGUCGGAUCUGGUUUAGUGGCUUCGCUCCUGCCGGAAACAUUAAACAAACGGCUGACAGAGUACAUCGAGGAUAUUGAGAAACCAAGGGUACAAUCCACAAGGAAGGAGGAGAUUCAAUAAAAAUCAUAUUUAUUGAUAAUCAGAGUGAUACUAACCCUGUCCACAGUAUAUCUGUUAUGCAAUGUAUUAAAUCUUAAUAAUUGAAGAUGAUUUGUUUUUUUUAAAUAUGUACUGUUUUGCAACAAUAGCAUUGUUAAAAUCCCCAAUAACUACUUGAACUAACAGUCUGUCAUGAUUUAACAUAUCCAAAGAUGUACUUUCAAAAUGAUGUACUGUACAGACGAAAGUCGGACAAUAGAAGAAGCUGGAAGAAAAGAAGAGAAGUGUAACAGUAAAUUUAAUUGUAGUUGGCAACACAAAUUGUACUAAAUGAGAACAUGACUAUUGUUUUUAUUGGAAUUGUGUUGUGUGUUAAAUGAAUGUGCACAAGAUCCACCUGAUUUGCUUUAAGACUAAUUGUUAGCUUUCAAAAUCUUUACUGUAUGUUUAGACCUAAAAGGUAAUAAUAACAAUAAUAACUUUAUUUAGUAUAGCACCUUUAAUAGAACACGAUUCAAAAAGUACUAAUGUCUACAGAAAGAUCAUUCCACAGUGACAGAGCCACCACUUCAAACGCACGGUCACCUUUAGAUUUGAGUUAUGCUCGAGGGACAACCAGUAAACCCAGUGGUCAGAAAAAAUAAGUGACCUAUUGGUGAUAUAAGGAUGGAGCAGGUCAGAUAUGUACUCCAGUACUUACCAUGGCAUGCAGGGCUCUAAACCUAAAAGUGAAUCCUGAACUUGAUGGGAAGCCAAUGUAAAGAUAUGAAUCGUGUGUAUGUAAAGUUAUGAAUGGUUAUGAAUUGUGAUUACUAAUUGGCCUUGGCCUGGUCUUUUACUCAUGGAUUUUAUCUUGGUCUCUGUCU